AUGGGGGGAAGGAAGUGAAAGCAACGGAAGGAGCAAAAAGUGGAAGGUACCAGAGACGAAAAUGGCCAAACAAGGAAAGGGCACUUGUGUAAAGGUAGGAUUGGGAAAGAACCCAGCCCAGGCCGACAGGAACAGGGGAACAGAGCAUCAGGCCCAAUCAGAAGCCAUGCCUAUGGUCUCAUUACUCUGGGAAUUACCUAGUACUUCUAUUGCCAUCAUAAUAAUUACAGCUAUUUUCCAUCUGAUCGAAAAGAUCAUGAGAUUUCGAUACCCACAGCUAACCAACGUGCAAGCAGGGCUGCAGCGGGAUGCCGAAUCAAGACGAGGGGGCAACACUACCUAACUGCCCGCAGAGAAACGCCACUCGCCAUGCAGAGCAGGGGGGUGGGGGGGGGGGGGGGG